CUCCCGACCAACUCACCCCAUGACAUUUUGUGGUAUGUUCAGGUCAGCUGAACAUACUUUGGCCAGUUAGGUCAGCUCUCCUGGCCAUACGCCCACACAGUGUCUUGUGCACCUUCUCACUAGUAGAGCACGGGACACUGAAAAAUCCCUGAUUUAGUGUAGCUACUUAGCAACUACAGAAACAUCAGUGUGUAGUCAACAUUAUUCUCCUACUAAAUCAAAAAACACAGCACUGUACCAGCUACUAGGAGGAAAAUUAACUAUCCCAGCUGAAACUAGGAGACAACAAAAGACGGGUUUGAGCUAAGAUGGACUUUUGAGCUAAGGUGUAUGAAAAGUUUAGUAUCAUUUUGUUCAUGUUAUUUGCUUUUUAACUUUGCAAAGUGAAAAAUUUGAUUGUGGAUUUGUUUUCAUAUAGUUGUGUGUUUGCAUGUCAGAUUAAUACAGAAGGAGGAACGUAACCUGUAUAAGUUACAUUUUCUUGGUGGAUAAUUGGUGCUGUUUUUCUACUUGCCCUCACAGGUUAAACCAAAGCCACUAUUGUUGAAGUUGUUAAAGUUAGCUGGUGCAGAAAAGGAUACUUUUACUAUGAAGGAGGUAAUAUUCUAUAUUGGACAAUAUAUUAUGUCUAAACAAUUAUAUGAUGAAAAACAGCAACAUAUUGUACACUGUGCAAAUGAUCUCCUGGGGGAUUUAUUUGGAGUAACAAGCUUUUCAGUAAAAGAACACAGGAGACUAUAUUCGAUGAUUUCCAGAAAUCUGAUAGCAAUCAAUCAACAAGACUCUACACUUGGUGGCACACCUGAGGAUGAUGCCGGAUCUCAGCUUGAAGAAGAAAAUGUUCUUAAGGAGUCUAUGCAAGAGUUAGAAGAGAAGCAGACUUCAUCGAACGUGACUUCCCGACCAACUACAUCUUCUAGGAGGAGGACACACAGUGAAUCUGAAGAAAAUUCUUCAGAUGAUCUGCAUAGUGACAGAAGAAAGCGACACAAGUCAGACAGCAUUUCGUUGACGUUUGAUGAAAGUCUCUCAUGGUGUGUAGUCAGUGGUCUGUGCCAUGAAAGAAGCAAUAGCAGUGAUUCAACAGAUUCUCUUUCCAUUCCCGAUCUUGAUGCUAGUUCAUUAAGCGAGAACUCUGAUUGGUUUGACCACAGGUCUGUUUCAGACCAGUUCAGUGUAGAGUUCGAAGUUGAGUCCAUUUAUUCAGAAGAUUAUAGCCAUAAUGAAGAAGGGCAGGAGCUCACAGAUGAAGAUGAUGAGGUUUAUCAGCUGACUAUUUACCAGGAUGAAGAUAGUGAUGAUGAUUCAUUUGAUGAAGAUCCAGAGAUUUCUCUAGCUGAUUAUUGGAAGUGUCCUGAAUGUAGCGAAAUGAAUCCUCCGCUUCCGCGACAUUGCCACAGAUGCUGGGCCCUACGCGAGGAUUGGCUUCCAGAUGAAAAGAGUGAGAAAUUGGAAAAGAGCAAAUCAGAAGGUUCCUUCCCUGCAGAGUCUGAAGAAGGUUUUGAUGUUCCUGACUGCAAGAAAACAAAAAUGACUGAAGAUAAAGAACCAGCUGUGGAUGAGAAUGAGGAGAAAGCAGUACAAAUUUCCGAGUCCCAGGAAAGUGAAGAUUAUUCCCAGCCAUCAACAUCAAGCAGCCUAUUCUGUAGCAGUCAGGACGACCAUAAGGAACCUGAGAAGAGAGAAAUGCAAGACAAAGAGGAAAGCCUGGAAUCCAGUCUGCCUGUUACCAGCAUAGAGCCCUGUGUCAUAUGUCAGAGCAGACCUAAAAAUGGCUGCAUAGUACACGGCAAAACGGGACACCUCAUGUCAUGUUUCACGUGCGCAAAAAAGCUUAAGAAGAGGAACAAACCCUGCCCAGUGUGCAGGCAACCCAUACAAAUGAUUGUACUAACUUAUUUUAGUUAGGUGGAUGUUGACUGGAAAGCUGCAAGAGAAACUAUUUUUGUAUUCUUAUUGGAAAAUUAGUAUUUUGGGUCUCUUUACAUUUGGUAUGAAAAAUAAUUGCUGACAUAAAUGCACUGGCGUUGUUCAGAGGUUUGCCCAAUAGUCAUAAAUCAACUUGGAGAUUUUCAAUCCUUGUCAGUAGAAAUAACCAAGUCCUGUAAAUCACCUCCCUCUCCAGGUGUGUAAUGUUCCAUGCAAGUUAGUGACGUUUCUUUUACUGUAUUAAACACACACAUUAAAAACCUCAGUUCAAUGAUUGUGAGAGGAGACACAUGUUGAAGCAUUCACUUAUGCGAGUUCCUCGUCUUAAGAAGGUAGAAGAUUCUCCAGGUUCCAGUAUUUGUUGCCUGGUGAAGAUACCAGGCUCAAUCAGACCAUACUGAAUAAGUCAAUAGAAUAAAUAGUCUUGUCUUAAAUUCCUCCAAGUAGGCAAAUUAUGGGGGAGAUCUUACCAGGAAGUGGAGAAAAAUGCGAUAGAAGAUAAUUUAAGGCUUUGGAAAAAGAGAAGGGUAUUGUAUGUCUUUUAUUUUUAUAGUGUGCAUUGUAAACUUCAGGGCUGUGUGUCCCCCUAAGAAGUCAUUGUUCCAAGUUCAGUCAUACAGUUCUCUCUUAAAUGUCUUAAGAAACUGACAUUUUAAAUGCUUUGUGAGUUUGGAGGUCUGUACUAUCCCAAGUAUGCUUAUUAUUAAUUUAGGAGCAUGAGAGAAGACUUGAACAGGCAAGAUAAAUAAAGGAGGAGUCUCAUCAGGCAAUAUUAGGGGAAUAAUUUUCUGCAGUUGUUUUUGACUUCAGCAGAACAUUGACUGGAAUAAAAAUAGAAAAAAUUCCA